CCUCGCGUCCACGCCGUAUUCGGUAGUCAAUAAAAUUGCGGCGUCUCGGCGUUUGCGGCGGUAACAUGGCGGCUUCCGUGCUGGGUUCUCUGCUGCGGACGGUCCGGCAGAUGGUUCCUUUCUCAGCUUCAGGUCAAGUUCGAGGUUAUUAUGUAGACUGGAAAAUGCUGCGUGAUGUGAAGAGACGAAAAAUUGCCUACGAGUAUGCAGAUGAGAGGCUUCGAAUCAAUUCCCUCAGGAAGAAUACCAUUUUGCCAAAAGAUCUUCAGGAAGUGGCUGAUGGAGAAAUCGCUGCCCUUCCCCGGGAUAGCUGUCCUGUUAGAAUCCGCAAUCGCUGUGUUAUGACGUCCCGUCCGCGUGGUGUAAAGCGGCGCUGGAGGCUUAGUCGCAUUGUCUUCCGUCACUUAGCAGACCACGGGCAACUGUCGGGGAUCCAGCGGGCAAUGUGGUGAUCAGCUCCAGACCCACUGAGCAGGGAAACCAGGUCUGGCAAGAAGAGACCUUUCUAAUAGACAAAACCCCGGUUUUAUAGAGGUCCAAUGUAGGAGUCGUCUAGUCUACCUGAUACUGCCUACUGUUAAAUUACUUAAUUUUAAAUUAAGAAAUUUGGAUGUUUCAUUCUGUCAGUGAACUCUGGCCAUCUGUGAGUUCUCUCUUCUCUUGGACUUAAAAAUUAAACAUACUGCCUCCCUGCAUAGUACAAGGAGUACAGUAAUAAAAAAUAUUGUGAACGUA